AGGUGACGGCCUUGGAAUCCGCGGGUGCUCCCUGAAGUCCCGAGAACGACUCGCUUCUACCACGCUCUCUCCCCUCGCCGCCGCCGCUGCCAUGUCGGCCUUCGUGCGGCGCCUCGGAGCCAUCCCGUGGCGGAACAUCGCGGGGGAGGCCUUCUCCCGCGCGUUGCUGGUGGCGCAGGCCUUCUGCGCCGUCCACGUCGUGGACCACCACCUCUGCUCGCUCGCCAUCGUGCGGGGCCCCAGCAUGCUGCCGGCGAUGAACCUGGCGGGCGACGUGGUGGCGGUGGACAAGGUGAGCGUGAGGCGCGGGCGGGUGGGGCCCGGGGACGUCGUGCUGAUGAUCUCCCCCGAGGACCCGCGCAAGGCGGUCGCCAAGCGCGUCGUCGGGAUGGGGGGCGACUCUGUCACCUACCUCGUCGACCCCGGGAACAGCGACGCCUCCAAGACCGUCGUGGUACCACAAGGUCAUGUUUGGGUGCAGGGAGAUAAUGUUUAUGCUUCUAGAGAUUCAAGGCAUUUUGGAGCUGUGCCUUAUGGUCUCAUUACAGGGAAGAUCUUUUGUCGGGUGUGGCCACUGGAGGGUUUUGGAUCGAUUGAUUCAAAUCAGUCCCCAUAAAGAGAAGAUGUGCCCAUACUGUAUUGAACAUGUCAAGAGUUUACUCUUCAAUUUGGAAGCGAGAUAUGUCAUGGCACAUUUUUGUAGUGAAGCAGUGCCUAUCUUGAUGCCCCCUCUUUUGAUUCAGUGUGUAGCAAUUUUAGUUCUCAGGCCUGAAACCCAAUCAGCAUAUGUUCUGUUACAAAUUCUUGGGCUACUGCCUGGGUUGUAACUUUAUGGACAGUGAUUUUGGUAGAGAACAGAACCAUGGAUACCUGAAUGAUUCAUGUAAGUUGAGGUGAGUUUGGAACAUGGCUGAACCCAAGUCAUUGAACAGAAUUAUGAACCUGUGCUUGCAGGAGAAUAGAUUGAUUUGUGCGUUAUUA